UUUUUUCGUAAGAGCUGCCGCGUUCAUCUCUCGCCGCGUGUAAAACUAAAAAAAAUGUGAUUUUUUAAAUAAAAAAAUAUUUGCUUUAAGACGUGCACAAUUAGUAAUUUGAGGAAAUAUAUUACAAGUGAAAUAUAUUGUGGUUUAUUUUAAUCCCACCCCCAUUCCUCCUACCCCGCGGUCGCGCGGGUUGAUAUUUCCUCACGAAAGCCGAUUGCGUAAUUCGUUUCAUCGGUCAUAUUUUAUCGCGUGUGUUAAGAAACCCACGCACGAAUGGCGCUUUAAUCGUAUUCGCGGGUCGCCAUUUGCGCUGGAAGCGCUGCUGCGGUCGUGCGGUGUGGUGUCUCUACUACUACGACUACUACUACACACAACCACCGCGGCGAACGCACGGGAGAGCCGAGUCCCCUAGGCGUAGUGUCAAGGAAACAAGAAGAAUCUUGAGCAGCAAUUGUCGGUGACAGCGGCCAACAAGAACCAACCAUGGGUAAGGGAGAUCCGAAGAAGCCCAAGGGCAAGAUGUCAUCAUACGCCUACUUCGUGCAGACGUGCCGCGAGGAGCACAAGAAGAAGAACCCAGAGGCGUCGGUCAACUUCGCCGAGUUCUCCAAGAAGUGCUCCGAGCGGUGGAAGACGAUGUCUGAGAAGGAGAAGACUCGCUUUGAGGACAUGGCGAAGGUGGACAAGGUGCGGUAUGACCGGGAGAUGAAGACGUACGUGCCUCCCAAGGGCGAGAGGGGCAGCAGGAAAAAGAAGGACCCCAAUGCCCCCAAGAGACCCCCGUCGGCUUUCUUUAUCUACUGCGCUGAGUAUCGCUCCAAGGUGCGCGCCGAAAAUCCCGGUCUCACCAUUGGCUCCAUUGCCAAGAAACUGGGUGAGAUGUGGAACAACGCUCCUGCUGAUGAAAAGUCGAUCUACGAGCGCAAGACAGCCAAGCUGAAGGAGAAGUACGACAAGGACAUGGCUUCGUACAGGUCAAAGGGCAAGGUCGAGACCAGCAAGGGGGCCUCGAAACCGGCCAGCAAGCAGAGGGAUGAUGACGACGAUGAAGAUGAUGAUGAGGAAGAUGACGAGGAUGAGGACGAAGACGAUGAUGAUGAUGACGAAUAGGAGUGCUAGCAGGAGUGUAAAUGGAAGUAUGGUGGGCUUACUUCACGGUUUGGCUGGUUUUGCUAGCGUUCGUUUCCUCUCACUUUGUUUGAAACUGGUUAGCUGCCCGGUUGGGAAAGGUGUUUUGAAAUUUUAAUAUUGAAGAUCUACGGAUACCAUUCAUGAAUAGAAACUCUGUGUACGGAUUGUCCGCAUUAAUAAAAUCGUUAACACCCAUGGGUGGUUCAUGAAACCAAAAUUGGAGUGUGCAAAAACAUUCCCAUGCCAGACCUCAUUGAAUUUACGAUGGUGACACAGGGAAUUGUGAAGUAAGCUAGCUGUAAAGAAAACAAGAUAAUACUUCAAAUAAAUACACUCUUGUACUUACUAAACUUUAGUUCGGGGUUUUUGUGUAAGGGAUGCCAUGGUUACUGCAGCCACAGUUUGACGAGCACUGAAUUUAGUGAGCAUACCUGAUGACAUAUUUUUUGCUGAGCUUGUGCGUAUUAUAUGCUUAAGGCAAUAAUGGCUAGAUAAUUUGGAAACUGCAGGUUUUUGUGGCAACAGUAAUAGAUUAAAACCUGUCAAUUUUGGCAUCUUAGUAGCGUGUUGUUGCCGAGUGAAAUUUAUGCUAGCGAUUCAAGGAUGUGGCAAAUGAGCAGAUGCUUUUCAGCUAUAAAUGGAUCAAUGUACACUGUGUUGUAAGUUACUGCUUCAUGUACAGGCUUUCUCUUCCCUUUAAGCAUUUCUGUUUAAAGUGGAAAGUUAAAACAUUUCAUUUGGCGCUUCAUUGUUGCUUGCCUUUCUAGUUCAGGCUUUUUUUUGUACAAAAAAUAAUUGCAGUUGUAAAAAAACUGCCAAAUGAUUAUUCUAGUACAUUAAUACAGUACUCGUGAGCUGCAUGUUUUAUUGUGCUUUUUUGUUCUGUAUUUGAUUUACUAAUAAACAUUUUAGUGAC